UAAGGAUAUUGGAAUCGAGGUUUUGUUGCAUCAGUUGCAUUCUCUGGGCGUAUCAAGGCGUACUCCAUCAUACUUUAUUUAUGGUCUAGUUCGGGUUGGUUCAGUGCUGCUGUUGUUAAAUUCGUGAUUACGUGCAACGACUUUUGUUCAACAAACAUGUCGAAGAUGUGGAACAUGAAAAAUAUUCCAGGUUGGACAUCUCAAAAAUUUUCUUCUGCACAACAAUUUGUCUCAACUAAAAUGCCCAACAUCAACUACAGCAAAGCAAAAGAAUUGAAUCCUAACAGUAUUGUAAAUUGGACAACUCAAGGAUUUUCUUCUGCACAACAAUUUGUCUCAUCUAAAAUGCCCAACAUCAACUACAGCAAAGCAAAAGAAUUAAUCCUAACAAUAUUGUAGAUUGGACAACUCAAGGAUUUUCUUCUGCACAACAAUUUGUGUCAACAAACAUGCCCAAUAUUGAUUACAACAAUGUAAAGCAAUUGUGUCCUAUCAUUACUGCAUAUUUCACAUCUCAAGGAUUUUCAUCUGUACAGCAAUUUUUCUCAAGAAACAUGCCCAACUUGGACGACAACAGAGCCAAUCAAUUGAAUCCUAACAAUAUUGCAUAUUGGGCAUCUCGAGGAUUCUCUUCUGUGCAACAAUUUGUCUCAACAAAUAUCGCUAACAUCAACGACAACAACAGAGCAAAUCAAUUGAAUCCUAACAAUAAUGCUUAUUGGACAUCUAGAGGAUUUUCUGAAAGACCUGAAAAUUGGGACACCAGUAUCAGCAGCAAUAACAUCUUGAAUAGCACCAUGAGUGGCAUAGGUAGUCUAAUACUUGUUAAUUCAGUUAAUGCUACACUUUGCUACUUCGGCAUGACCAAUUUGGAGCCGGCCGUGAGAAUUGUGUUCUAUGUCGGCGCACAGUUAUAUUCGUGAAAUCUCCAUUAAUUUCGGCAACUAAUCUCUAUUUUUCUAUUAUAUUAUUUUGUAAUUAUGCAUUUAUCC